UUUCUAUGUACAAAGACCCGGAUACACUGUUGUACACAUGAGACGAUGUCUGGUAAAAGGGACUCUGCCUGCUGUAGUUGUUUGGUGCUGGCAUCCGUAAAGACUGGCACUAACUUUCUUUUUCUUACAUUGAUUAUUUGCUACUUUAAUACUUUUAUGCCACAGAUAUCAGAGUCUCAAUGUUGCAUCCACUUUGUGUUUCUCCUUCAUCUUCCGUUCUUCCUGGUGUCUCAUAUUUUAACAUGACCAUAAAAGACUGAGAAUUCUGGGAAGCAGUGUUCAUAAAAUCUUAAAUUUUUACAAUAAAAACGUGCAAGAACCACUCUGCUCCAGCUAUUAUUGGAAUCAUCCAAUUCAAGCCAAACAUCUAUAAGAGUAAAGCUGUAAUCUCCACUCCAAAGAUUCCUCACAUAAGACUAAAAAUAAUAAAAGCUGUGACAGAUGUGUCUUGUUUUCCGCGGCCGCGGUGCGUAGAGAUUUCAGCAGGCUGCACAUUCCUCGCAUGCCCACAUUUCGGUGCAGCUCUGAGCAGAGGAGGAGGGGGGGAUGGAAGGAAGACGAGGGAGGAGUUAGCUUCAUGUAAACUCAGGCAUAUGUCCGCCUUUCAAAAGCACAUUUUCCUGGAGCAGCGACGAGGUGAGAAGAGGACGGAGGAACUCCACCUGAUCACACGGGUGACGUAUCUCGUGUUAGAUCGUCAGGAAGGCACGAUUGGAUGUGGCAGCGGCAGGAGCAGCUCCUGCAUUCUACCCUGCAUAGUAAACACCCAUCUCAUUAUCUAAACACAAAGGGACAAGAUGUGGCUGACUCUGCUCUACGGUUGCGCCGGCGGGGCCGCUCUGCUGUACGUGCUGUACAGAUGGGUGAUUCCUUCUGUCGUGCAGUACCACGCGGGACUCGCGCUCAUUUGGCACGACACCAUCGUGGAGGGAUUGCUGAAUGCACUGACCCAGACCACACGUCCUCAGCGGCUGUUGGCUGCAGUGCAGAAGAACGCCACUAGAGGGGACCCUCGCAGCGUGGUGAAAGCCAUCGAUCAGUUCUGCAGACAGAAGGAGUGGGCCAUGAAUGUGGGAGAUGAGAAAGGGUGCAUCCUGGACUCCGUGGUGACUGAAGUGAACCCGGCGACGGUGCUGGAGCUGGGAACCUACUGCGCCUACUCUACCGUGCGCAUCGCCAGCCUGCUGCCUCCUCACGCCAAGCUCAUCACCCUGGAGUUCAACCCACACAACGCCGCCAUAGCUCGCCAGGUGAUCGCUUGGGCAGGACUGGGAGACAAGAUCCAGUUAGUAGAAGGAGCGUCUGGCGACUGGAUCCCCAAAAUGAAGGAGAAGUUUGCGAUAGAAACGUUUGAUUUGGUUUUCUUGGAUCACUGGAAAGAUCGCUACCUUCCCGACACAAAGCUGAUGGAGGAGUGCGGUCUCCUCAGGAAAGGCAGCAUCCUGUUGGCAGAUAACGUCAUCUGCCCCGGAACGCCCGACUACCUGGAGUACAUCCGCAACAGCCCCCGGUAUAAGAGCCAGUACUUCAGAUCCCACCUGGAGUACACCAAAGUGGAAGACGGUUUGGAGAAAUCAGUUUUCUUAGGGUAGAUAUUCAACAAAAGAGCCUCAGACACACAUUUCAGGAUCAUCCACCAGACAUAGAACAAGAAAUCCCGUCUCUUUUUCUAAUGUAAUGAAGAUGUUGACUUGAAAAUAAAAGUAACAUGAAAUACAAA